UACAGGUAGAAGAAGAAGAUUUGAGAUGGCUACCGUUGGGAAGGGAAAGGGGAUAGGGAUCGACCUGGGGACGACGUACAGCUGCGUGGGGGUGUGGAUGAACGACCGGGUGGAGAUCAUCCCCAAUGACCAGGGCAACCGCACCACGCCCUCCUACGUUGCCUUCACCGACACCGAGCGCCUGGUGGGCGACGCCGCGAAGAACCAGGUGGCCAUGAACCCCAACAACACUGUCUUCGACGCCAAGCGCCUCAUCGGCCGCCGCUACUCCGACCCUUCUGUCCAGUCCGACAUGAAGCUCUGGCCCUUUCGCGUCAUACCCGGGCCCGGGGACAAGCCCCUGAUCGUCGUCACCUACAAGGGCGAGGAGAAGCGCUUCACCGCGGAGGAGAUCUCCUCCAUGGUCCUCUCAAAGAUGCGGGAGGUUGCCGAGGCGUUCCUGGGGCAAACUAUCAAGGACGCCGUCGUCACCGUGCCCGCCUACUUCAACGACUCACAGCGCCAGGCCACCAAGGACGCCGGCUCCAUUGCGGGGCUCAACGUCAUCCGCAUGAUCAACGAACCCACUGCCGCCGCCAUCGCCUACGGCCUCGACAAGAAGGCCGCUCGCACCGGCGAGAAGAACGUCCUUAUCUUCGACCUCGGCGGUGGCACCUUCGACGUCUCCCUCCUCACCAUCGAGGAGGGAAUCUUCGAGGUCAAGGCCACCGCGGGUGACACCCACCUGGGCGGGGAGGACUUCGACAACCGCCUCGUCAACCACUUCGUGUCUGAGUUCAGGCGCAAGCACAAGAAGGACAUCAGCGGCAACGCCCGUGCCCUGCGCCGUCUGCGCACCGCAUGCGAGCGCGCCAAGCGCACCCUCUCCUCCACCAGUCAGACGACAAUCGAGGUUGACUCCCUCAACGAGGGCGUCGACUUCUACGUUACCAUCACCCGCGCCCGCUUCGAGGAGCUCUGCAUGGACCUCUUCCGAAAGUGCAUGGACCCCGUCGAGAAGGUCCUCCGCGACGCCAAGAUCGACAAGGGGCAGGUGGACGAGGUCGUCCUCGUUGGUGGCAGCACCAGGAUCCCCAAGAUCCAGCAGAUGCUGCAGGACUUCUUCAACGGCAAGGAGCUGUGCAAGAGCAUCAACCCGGACGAGGCCGUGGCCUACGGCGCCGCGGUGCAGGCCGCCAUACUCACAGGCGAGGGCGACGAGAAGGUACAGGACCUGCUCCUGCUCGACGUCACCCCGCUCAGCCUCGGCCUGGAGACUGCCGGCGGGGUGAUGACCGUCCUGAUCCCUAGGAACACCACCAUCCCCACCAAAAAGGAGCAGGUCUUCUCCACCUACUCCGACAACCAGCCGGGAGUCCUCAUCCAGGUCUACGAGGGCGAGCGAGCCCGGACGAAGGACAACAACCUCCUCGGCAAGUUCGAGCUCACCGGCAUUCCCCCGGCGCCGAGGGGGGUCCCGCAGAUCAACGUGACCUUCGACAUCGACGCAAACGGCAUCCUGAACGUCUCCGCGGAGGACAAGACGGCCGGCGUGAAGAACAAGAUCACCAUCACCAACGACAAGGGCAGGCUGAGCAAGGACGAGAUCGAGAGGAUGGUGAAGGACGCGGAGAAGUACAAGGCGGAGGACGAGGAGGUGAAGAAGAAGGUGGAAGCGAAGAACAGCCUGGAGAACUACGCCUACAACAUGAGGAACACCGUGAGGGACGACAAGAUCAAGAACAAGCUAAGCGAGGGGGAUCGGGAGAAGAUCGGGAGGGCGGUGGAGGAGGCGAUAUCGUGGCUGGAGGGAAACCAGCUAGCAGAGGUGGAGGAGUUGGAGCACAAGCUGAGGGAACUGGAGGACACCUGUAACCCCAUCAUUGCAAAGAUGUAUCAAGGAGACGCCGGGGGCGCCGCGGCCGGGUCAGCACCGGGUGGGGAAGAUGGGUACGGCUGGAGUGGUGCCGGUGGCGGCGGGGCCGGGGCCGGGCCGAAGAUAGAGGAAGUGGACUGAAGGUGUUGUGUGAGAUGCCAUAGAGAAGUAGACCGAAGGUGUUUGUGUCUAGUCUGUGAGUGACGAUGGACGGAUGGUACACGGUUGUCAAGUUCUUCAAGUCUUUAUCAGUAGUUUCUUCAUCGGUAGCUGUGACUCUACUGUCUG